AUGCACCGAACCAGUUUGGUGCAGGUCAGCGGACAGCUCAGAUACAUGAAUCUUCCUUUCAGUCAUAUUGAUAUUUAUCACGGAUUCAAAUUCUGCCUAGACUCAUUAGGCAAUGAUGUCGACUUUGAUCAAAUGGAGGAGGCGGAUAUUGUCAAAGCACAACCACCUAUUUCUCAAAAAGCUGGAUGCUUUGAUACAGUUGUAGUAAUGGUUGAUUCUGACUGUGAAUGCACUGGUUUAAAAGGUACACGCAUUGGAAGGUUGAAAGUUAUAUUUCGCCUACCACAACAAGUAUAUGGUUCUGUUCAACCUGCUUGGACCAAAGACCCUUUGGCAUAUGUUGAGUGGUAUGCUCCAUUAAAACCUGCAGCAGAAGACUAUUAUGAGUUGUAUACAGUUAAGAAACCCUUACUUUCCUUAGAUGGUUCAUUGCCAGGUAGAGUUAUUUCGCUAUCAUCCAUUAGGCAGACUUGUCAGCUUGUUCCAAACUUUGGAAGAACAGUUCCUAUAGAUUGGACUUCAGAUAAUGUAUUAGAUAAAUGUGAUUCCUUCUUACUUAAUUGUUUUACCUCUAAAUAUGCUUACCAAACUUUAUGGUAA